CGGAAGUGGUUCUAGGGCAGGCGGGCGGGUUUGAGAGGGUGGGGAUUGCGACUCACACCCUGAGCUCAGGUGCUCCUUUCCUAAUUCCACUGGCUGCGGCAUCUGUAGGAAAAGUGUGGCUGGGUCUUCGAGGAGCCGCACCAAUGGCUUCCGUGCUGUCCUACGAAAGCCUGGUCCACGCCGUGGCCGGAGCCGUGGGAAGUGUGACAGCAAUGACAGUGUUUUUUCCCCUGGAUACAGCUAGACUUCGACUUCAGGUUGAUGAGAAAAGAAAAUCCAAAACUACGCACAUGGUGCUCCUGGAGAUCAUUAAAGAAGAAGGACUCCUGGCACCAUAUCGAGGGUGGUUUCCAGUGAUUUCCAGUCUCUGCUGCUCCAAUUUUGUCUAUUUCUACACUUUUAAUAGCCUCAAAGCACUCUGGGUCAAAGGUCAACGUUCUACCACUGGAAAAGAUCUGGUAGUUGGGUUUGUUGCAGGAGUGGUUAACGUGUUGCUAACAACUCCACUCUGGGUGGUAAACACCAGACUGAAGCUGCAAGGGGCAAAAUUUAGGAAUGAAGACAUUGUACCAACAAACUACAAAGGUAUCAUUGAUGCUUUUCAUCAGAUCAUUCGAGAUGAAGGAAUCUCGGCUUUAUGGAAUGGCACAUUUCCCUCAUUGCUGUUGGUCUUCAAUCCUGCCAUCCAGUUCAUGUUUUAUGAGGGUUUAAAACGGCAGCUUUUAAAGAAACGGAUGAAGCUUUCUUCCUUGGAUGUGUUCAUCAUUGGUGCAGUAGCCAAAGCGAUUGCCACCACGCUCACCUAUCCCCUGCAGACAGUACAGUCAAUUCUGAGGUUUGGGCGUCAUAGACUAAACCCAGAAAACAGAACAUUGGGAAGUCUUCGGAAUAUUCUCUAUCUUCUUCACCAACGAGUAAGACGUUUUGGAAUAAUGGGACUCUACAAAGGCCUUGAAGCCAAACUGCUGCAGACAGUCCUCACUGCUGCUCUCAUGUUCCUUGUUUAUGAGAAACUGACAGCUGCCACCUUCACAGUUAUGGGGCUGAAGCAUGCACACAAACACUGAGACGCCUUCCCAUGAAAAAUCCCGAAGAUGCUCAAGAGGGAGGUUUCCUCCUGAGUGAAGAGAAGUGAUUCUCCUUUGACUCUGGCUCCUGCCACCACAAAUGUUACCCUCAUUGGCUUGAAAAGCAUCCAAGGGUGAACAGGGAGUAUGGCCAACUGAACCUGUUGUCACCUUAAUUGUCAUGCUGGCUGGUUGGAUUUUGGGGUGGCAGUUGGACUAAUGUGAAAAAAACAUUGCUGAAAACCUAAAAAUCAAAGUUUGUGUUUAUUGGUUUUCUUAAGAGAAAUGGACUAUUUUGCUCUCGUGUAAUGUUUUCUAUUUAAAUCUUUCUUAAAUAUACCAGCUGUUCUCCUUCCUUGAACUCUCCCCCAGGUUCUAGGACAAAUUUAAUAACAUGUAGUUCUCCUCAAAUACUUUUGUAUGUCUCAGUGUUGGUGUUUUCCUCCCUAAAACUAACAUUAGGGCUGUGCCACGGGCAUGACUUGAUUUUUGUUGGGCUUUUUUUUUCCUGCCUAAGGAGCGGUGUCUUUUUAGGAUAUGAGCUAUUUAUUUUGUGAAAUGAAAAUUGUUCAUCCCAAAUGAUUCUCUUAUAAACUAUUUGUAAAUGUCACUUAUUCAUUAGUGUUUGACAUAAUUUUUAGAAUAUUUAUUUUGAAUCAAUCCUUUCAUUACUAAAGACUUGAAGUUUUGUGUCCAUCCUUACAAGCACUGGUCAGUCAAGUCCCAGUAAAUGGUCAGCACAAAAAAGAUAUUCUUGAAAAUUGCUCUUUAUUAAGGUAUUAUGUUGAGUUUGCAACCAGAUGGGAAAAAUCACAAAAAUGAGAAGAGGAACAGGUAUCUUGUUGAGGUCUGGAUAUUAUCUCCCUUUAUAAACUUGGUGUAGGCUGUAUAUUUUGAAAAUAAACAUCGGGUUGAGGUUAUUUCAUUUGGAAACCGUCCUUAGAGUCCUGUUGCUCAGUGUGGUCCAUCAGAUGGUAAUACUGUCACAAGCUCAGAGUUUGCUGGGCACGCAACCCAGAGUUUCUGAAUCCUGUUCCGUAUUUUAACAUUCCCAGGUGAUUCACAGCCACAUUAAAGUUCAGGAGACCAUAGGACCCCUGACCCAUGAGAAGAAGUGAUUGGUUUCAAUUAUAGACAUCAAGAUAAAGAUUUUUCUCAAAGGAAAGAGAUUAAUGUAUUAAAACAACCUCUGAAAAAUCUAGGAGUCCUAUGUCAUCCCUUGCUUUCACCUCACAGCACGUUGUUAAGGUGGUAGGGCUUUUAUUAUGCGGCCAGGAGUGGAUUUAGAUAUCUCAACCCACUCAAGAAGCAAAUUCACUUGACAUUAGCAGAGCGGUUCUUUGGAUUUCUCUGACUUCGUUUUUGUCCCUAUAACAAAAUGGCGGGUUUUUCAUUUGUAAGUCCGUGAUUCAGUCAGAGAGAGUAAUAAUAGAAUACUUCAUUAUUAAGGAUUUAGUUCAAUUUUGAGAGUGGAAAUUUCCUUCUCUUAUUUCCUCUCUUUAGUCCCUGUGGUAAUUUCAAAGUAUAUGAUUGUUAAAGAUCAUUGUAUUGUUCUAGCAAACAAAAAUUAGCAGGAGCUAAUAAUCUGGGAAGAAGACUGAACAUUCAUCCCCUAUUUAAGUCAGAGAAUUGAAGACAGAAUUGUUUUUACUAUUUUUUAAUUUUACUUUAAGGUUUUUGUGUGCCUGUGGCAGACCUUGAGUGGGAAGUACAAAAUUAUUCUGAUUUCUGUAUAGGAGAAGAAUGAUCAUAAAGGUGUCAUGUGUAUUUUCAUUAUUGUUUUAAUUAUGCUGUUCCCUUUGGAACUUGAAUUUUGAGCACAGAAUAUUGUGAGUUGGUCUGUUAGGAUAAUUUCCAAUUCAAAUUAUAUAGCUGUCUUAGGUAUUUAUGAUGUGAGAAUGUAUUUGAUGCUUCUCUUUUUCUGAUUUUAUGAGGAAACAAUUUAACAUUGAGGGUUAUUUUCCUUAUGGAAAUUUACAAACUCACUAGUUGAACUAGUUAGUAACCCACUUAGUUUUGUAACCAUUGGUUAAUAAUAAGUUGUUUGAGAAAACUAAAGAGCUAAAGUCUGUACUAGGGAAAUGGGAAUUUUUUAUUUUUGAUACUUUGUGCAAUUUCUCAAGAAUAUGAGGAUUAAGAACCUUAGGGAUUGUAUUAGUGUCACGGCAGUAGAAAAUUUAAUUUCUGUAUUUAAUGUGUGUUUUGAAGUGGGCACUGUAAUAUUUCUACCCUUGUCUGUUGUACAGUUAAGUAUGAAAUGCAGAAAUAGAUCUAGCGUAAGAACAUAUUCAAUGGGAGUUAGAAAUCUUGGGUUUUAUUCCCAGCUCUGCUGCUGACUAGCAUUUUACGCCAUCUCUUUGUAAUUUGCUGUUUGAUAAGUGGAGAUAAUACUACCCACUUCAGAGGAUGUUUGAGAGCUAAUGAUGUCAGCCAGAUCCCUUUAUGACUGUGGAAUAGGGAAGAUCUGAGUGAAACUUUAGACAGUACCUAGAUUUAUAUAGCAAUUUCCCUUUUGAAAGCUUAAAUACUUACCACACAGCCCAUGAAACAGCAUUUGCGUUUAUUGAGAGAGAGGAUGUGCCAUCAUGAUUAAUGAAAAAUAUCUUUUGAGUUUGAAAAGAAAUUAAUUUGCAGUGUUUGGAUUGUAUAUAUGGUGCUAAAAAUAAAUUAAUUUACUUUAUAAACCUUAAAAAAAA